UCAAGUGGGGCAGGCGCUGCUGGAGGCGGCGGAGUGGAAGGUGGCAACCGGGAGCCGGGCCGAGCAAGGGUUCGGGCGGCUGGAGCCCCGCGUCGGGGCGUGACGGUCAUCCCGAAAGGCCGAGCCCAGUUUUCAUCAUUUUCUUCUGGAAGGCAUCACCAUGACCCUGACAAAAGGUUCCUUCACCUACUCCAGUGGGGAGGAAUAUCGUGGUGAAUGGAAGGAGGGCCGCAGACAUGGUUUUGGUCAACUGAUGUUUGCAGAUGGUGGCACCUACCUGGGACAUUUUGAGAACGGGCUCUUCAAUGGCUUCGGGGUACUAACCUUCUCAGAUGGCUCAAGGUAUGAGGGGGAGUUUGCCCAGGGCAAGUUUAAUGGCGUCGGAGUCUUCAUUCGACAUGACAACAUGACCUAUGAGGGGGAAUUUAAAAACGGCAGAGUAGAUGGUUUUGGCCUGCUGACUUUCCCUGAUGGUUCUCAUGGGAUACCCCGCAAUGAAGGCCUAUUUGAGAACAACAAGUUACUGCGGCGUGAGAAGUGUUCUGCGGUCGUCCAGCGGGCCCAGAGUGCCUCUAAGUCAGCCAGAAAUCUCACUGCCUGAUGGGGCACUGGGCACCAGCUGACAAGUGCUGGGGCAAAGGGCAGACAUAUCCAGGCCACUUGAGGCCCUGACAUGGAGUGAACUGAAUCCUUAUGGGUGGUUUGGACUGACACAGUUCUUUCUCGGUGGACCAGAUCAGACUCACCUCAACCCCUUGGGGUUUUGAUAGAAUUGGAUCUAUCCUAAGACUGCAGUGAACUAAAAGUCUCUGUGUUGGGUUCCCUCUAACUCUUCUACCGUGAGCGCUGGCUGUGAAGCCUGCAGUCAGAUCUUGACUGAUAGGGUCCCUGCACAGUUUAUCACGGAGGCCUCCAGGUACCCUCCAGGUGACCCAAAAUGCCCCCCAGCCCCCUUUCCUCACACUGAAUGUCUCUUUAACAGCAGAUUGUGGUGGAAAUUACAGCCAUGUGCCUCUAUUUAUUCUCUGAAUUGUACUGUAGAAACAAGUGUUUAUGAAAAAUAAACAAAUCACCAGAACUGCC